AUGCUUCGAGCUUAUGGCAACAUGGUUCGCGCCGAACCCUUCGUCCCGCCAAUCCAGCUGAUGCGGCUCAUGGAGGGAUUAGGGGGUUGGGAAAUCAACUACUGGCAGGCAUGGCAACUGCGAGAAUAUAUCAUCAGGGAGAAAUACAGGGAUUGGAAGGAGUCUUUCCACCAGCUCCCAAAGCUUGUCGACCGCUUCCACGUCAUUGAUCCAGAGGUGAAAGUGCAUCUUGACACCCUUGGUGGAUGCUUCCAUCGCUUCUUUGUCCAGCCAUCUGCAGCCGCUCAUGCACUACAAUUCUGCCACCCAGUCAUUGCUUUUAACGGGACUCAUCUCAUCAGUGUGCAGAAGGCAGAGCUGCUGGUCGCGGUCACGCUCGAUGGCAGCCAGGAGGUCCUGCUGCUAGCUUGGGGUCUCGUGGAAUCGGAGAACAGGGAGGCUUGGUCGUGGUUUCUCAAGCAUUUCAUCGAUGGCUUCCCAAAGUGGACGCAGCGCGAGAAUGCCUCUAUGAUCAGCGACAGGGACAAGGGGCUGGUUCCAGCAGCUCGCGAGGUGAUGCCAAGCCACAUCCCGCAUUACUUCUGUGUGUGGCACCUUGAUCAGAAUUUGCGGCGCUUCAAGGAGAAGGCACAAGCAUUUUUUAAACGGCUAGUGAAGUGUCGCUGCGAGAAAAAGUGGAUUGCCCUCGUCGCAGCAUGCAGACGCGACUUCCCAGACAUGGCGCUUUACCUCUUUGUCCCUGAGGUCCCUCGCGCUGCGAGCGUUCCCCCUCCACCCGAGGCAUGCCCCUCCCCUAACGCGCGCUCAUCCUAUGCUGGGGCGAGAGCAUACGUGUUCGAGACUGGCCAGGAUGGACGACGCAUGGCCAGAAACGCGCGCCAAGGACAUGCACAUGGAGGGGCAAGUGGCGCCUCGCAGCCGCCAAGUGGCUUUGGCGUUCCUGGUGCCGGCACUGCAGCUCAGGUGUUCGGCAAAGCAUUCAGAGGUGGGCCGGCCAGCAGGGGCGACGAGGUGGGCCAGGGGAGUACUGCGUCUGGACAUGCUUCGGGCGGUGGUAUCAGGAGUGGAGGAAGUGGUCGCGGUGUCCCCGGGGCUGGCGCGUUCCAGUUCGGUGGUGCUGGUUUUGGGGUGGGAAGCGGGACAGGCUUCGGAAGGUUUGGGCCGAGUGCCGGCAGAGGGUUUGGCAUGGGGAGUGGUACGAUGGGUGUGUCGCACCGGGCUGCGGGAACACACUUUGGGCACCUCAGUGGACAUGGCGUUGGCGGGGGUAUGAGCGCAGCGAAUGCCGGGCCAGGGGGGCAGACUCUCGGGAAUGGGGCUCGUGGGCAGGAGGAUGGGGGAGACAUUGGGGGAGGCUUAGGUGAAGACAAUGGGAUUGGAAUGCAGGAAUCCACCACUGGGUUUGGGGCGGUCGGCAUGGGACGUGGGACUGCAGGAGGGAUUGGAGGUGUGGGCGCAGGAGUGGGGUCAGGUGGAGGGGUUGGUGGUGUGGGUGUCCAGGUGGGGACUGGUGGAGGGGUUGGUGGUGUAGGCGUCCAGGUGGGGACUGGUGGAGGGGUUGGUGGUGUUGGCAGGGGAGUGGGGAUUCGAGGAGGGGUUGGUGGUGUGGCCGUGGGAGUGGGGACUGGUGGAGGGGUGGGAGGUGUGGGCGUCCAGGUGGGGAUUGGUGGAGGGUUGGGAGGUGUGGGAGUGCAGGAGGGGACAGGUGUAGGGGUUGGUGGUGUUGGCAGGGGAGUGGAGAUUCGAGGAGGGGUUGGUGGUGUGGGCGUGGGAGUGGGGAUUGGUGGAGAGUUGGGAGGUGUGGGAGUGCAUGUGGGCACAAGUGUAGGGGUUGGUGUUGUUGGCAGGGGAGUGGGCAUUGGAGGAGGGGUUGCUGGUGUGGGCAGGGGAGUGGGGAUUGGAGGAGGGUUUGGUGGUGUGGGCGUCCAGGUGGGGACCGGUGGAGGGUUAGGAGGUGUGGGAGUGCAGGUGGGGACAGGUGUAGGGGUUGGUGGUGUUGGCAGGGGAGUGGGGAUUGCAGGAGGGGUUGGUGGUGUGGGAGUGGGAGUGGGGACUGCUGGAGGGGUGGGAGGUGUGGGAGUGCAGGUGGGGACUGGUGGAGGGGUGGGAGGUGUGGGAGUGCAGGUGGGGACUCGUGGAGGGGUGGGAGGUGUGGGAGUGCAGGUGGGGACUGGUGGAGGGGUCGGGACUGGUGGAGGGGUGGGAGGUGUGGGAGUGCAGGUGGGGACUGGUGGAGGGGUGGGAGGUGUGGGAGUCCAGGUGGGGACUGGUGGAGGGGUGGGAGGUGUGGGAGUGCAGGUGGGGACUGGUGGAGGGGUGGGAGGUGUGGGAGUCCAGGUGGGGACUGGUGGAGGGGUUGGAGGUGUGGGAGUCCAGGUGGGGACUGGUGCAGGGGUUGGUGGAGUUGGCCCGGGAGUGGGGACUGGUGGUGUAGGUGUUGGUGGUGUUGGCGUGCAGGUGGGGACGGGUGGAGGGGUUGGUGGAGUCGGCAGGGGAGUGGGGAUUGGAGGAGGGGUUGGUGAUGUAGGCAGGGGAGUGGGGACUGGUGGAGGAAUGGCUCCGGAGGCAGGAAUGCCAUGGCGUCGCCGCGAUUGGCGGUUGUCUGCAUUUGAUGAGGACGGAAGAGAUGAUUUGCAUGCUGGUCUCACGCAGGUUUUGACACUUCCGUGGCCAGAUACGGGGACUGGUGGAGAUGCUCAUGGUUUGGAUGCUGAUGAGCCAGGUUUCGAGGGCGAGGAUGACCCAGAGCCGGAUGGUGCAGACAGUGGUGAUGGGAAGGAGGGAGGCAUAAGCGUGCAGACGGGUUUCCAUCGCAACAGGAUGGGAUCUAGCGUGGCGAAGGGACGAGCUCCUGACCGAGGCCGCAGUAACCAGGAUGCAGAUCAAGGGCAUAUGAGUGGAAGUUCGGUUGGUACGCCCAAGGGAAUGGGCCUGGGCGUGGUGCUGGGCGUGGACGUGGGGGUGGAGUGGGGCGAGGUGCUGGGCCCGGUGCGGGCAAUGGCUGGGGAGGGGCAGGGCUUGGAGCUGGCAACGGUGCUGGGGCUGGUGUCGGAUUUGGCGGUGGUUUGGGGGUUGGGCUUGGAGCUGGCAAUGUUGCUCGGGCUGGUGUCGGGUUUGGAGAUGGUUUGGGGGCUGGGCUUGGAGCUGGUGCCAGGUUUAGCGGUGGCUUUGGGGCGGGGCUUGGUGGAGGCGGUGGCCCGGGGGCUGGUGUCAGCGGGGGUGUGGGUGGUGUUGCCUCAAAUGUGUCUGGGUUUGCCGCUGGGCUUGGUGGUGGGUUUGCUGCGGGCCGAGGCAGUGGCCAUGGUGCUGGGUUUGUUGAUGGGCAUGGUGAGGGUGUUGGUGCAGGGGUAUGGAGGGGAUCUGUGGCUGCAGCAUGGCCUGGUGCUGCUAGUGGUGCUCAUGACGGUUCGGGUCAUGGCAAUGGCUAUGAUGUGGGGGCAGGUGCUGGGUUUGGUGAGGGGCCAGGUGGUAGUCAUGCUGGCAAUGUUGCUGGCUGUGGUGCCGGACGUGGUGCGAGACGUAGUGCUGGACGUGGAUCUGGGCGUGGAGAUGGGCUCGGUGCUGGGCGUGGAGCUGGGCGCGGAGCUGGCCGUGGUGCAGGGCGCGGUGCUUGACGUGGUGCUGGACGUGGUGCUAGACGCGGUGCAGGACGUGGUGCUGGGCGCGGUGCUGGGCGUGGUGCUGGGCGGGGUGCUGGACGUGGUGCAGGCAUUGGUGAGGGUAUUGGUUUGGAGAACGUUGCUGUCAGCCAUGAUAACAAUGGUGUCGGUAUAG